CGGACAUGCCCGAAAGAAAGGCCCAGUCGCCUGACACGGACUCGCGUAUCAUGACUCCCCUUCCUCCUCGCUCCCCCUCGACGACGACGACGACGACGACGAGGCCAGCAACGACAAGGAGGAAGAGCAACAUGGCGGCCGUUGCUGCGGCCAAGAUUCCCGCAUGCAACCGCUGUCGACUGCGCAAGACAAAGUGCGACGCCCAGCUGCCGGCAUGCACGCCGUGCCAAAAGGCAGGCGUCGAGUGCCACGGCGAGGACCACGCCGCGGGCCGGCCCGUGUCGCGGAGCUACAUCUGGGCCCUCGAGCAGCGGAUCAAGGAGCUCGAGGCGAGCGCGACCGAGGCGCCGUCUGGGCCUGCUGCUGCGACAUGCAGCACCUCGCCGGCGCCGGCGCCCGACGUGAGCGCCUCGUCUGCUUCCACGGGCACGUCUGCCAGUGCUCGGCCUGAGUACGGCGCAGCGUCGUCGGUGUCAAUGGCGGGUGCAGUCGCGAUCCCGACUACGCCGGCGAGGGGCGACUCGAAUCGGGGUGCGAGGCCGCGCGCGGCGAUGUCGCAUUCUGAGGGUGGCGCAGGUAGGAGCGCCAGGCACAGCAAUGGAAGCCAUGCGCGAAAGAGGCCAAGGCACGACGAUGACGAAGGUGACGACGACGAGAAUGACGACGACGACGACAAAAACGGCAAUGACAACGAGCAUGACGUAGAGAGCGACGGGAUUCAGAGCCGGCGGAGGAGCGUAGUCGAGAAUGAUUUCUACCGCCCGCCGCAGCACGACCCGCUCUCCCGGCUCGUCCAGGCCGCGCUCCAGGAUGCCGAAACGGACACGAGCCGGUCCUCGCCCGGGCCCAAUGGCGGGGAGUCAGGCGAGGAUGGCGACGGAACGAACCACCAGGAUCACCAGCACCGUCAAAAGCAGCAGCAUGACCAGCAGCAGCAGCAGCAGGAUCAGCAGCGACGUCAUGCGACCGUCGCACAAGAGCAGCCUGACAACGGUCCCCAUCCCCCAACCAGAGGCACAGCUGCCGGGCCAUCCCCGUCUUCGGUCCAGCAGCAGCGCCAAGGAACAUCAGCCAUGCCACUGCCCAACGGCGACACCCGUCGAUCCUGGCUCGACCGCGAGCUGGCAGCCCUCUCCGCGCUGCGGGCCACCGUCUCACGCCAGGUGCGCCGGCUCUCGGUCAAGGACCGCUUCGAGCCGGCCCGAUACGAGCGGAAAGUCGUAGACGCCAUCGUGCGCCGCUACUUCACCUACAUGAACUGCCCGCUGCCGUGCCUCCACGAGCAGGCGUUUGCCAUCCAGGUCGAUGACUACUGCACCAACAGCAGCCUCGCCUCGCCUAUGGACCGCUACCAGCUGCUGAUGGUCUUUGCCGUCGCACUCGCCUCCCUCGGCCGGGCCCAGUACCUGACGUCGGAGACGAGCCAGCUGGCCCGUCAGUUCUACUAUGCCGCCGUCGCUCACGCCUCGCACACGCCCCGGUCCGGCUGGCGCAAACUGCAGAACGUCCUCCUCCAAGUCCAGUACCAUCUCCUCGUCCCCAACAGCAAGGACCUCUGGCGCCUCUCCGGUGAGGCCAUGCGCCUCGUCACCGAGCUGGGCCUCUAUGCCGAGCCGAGGGUCGCCAACCCGCUGCUGGCCGACAUGUCCAAGCGGCUCUUCUGGACCACGUACAGCAUCGAACGCAUGCUCGCCUGCGUCUAUGGCCGGCCCUUGACCCUGGCUGAGGACUGGAUCUCUGUCGGUCUGCCUGCCGUCGUCGAGGAUAAAUGCAUCACUUCGCAGGGCAUUCAGAGGGGCCCCGUCUGCCACCUCAAGCUCGCUCACCAUCUCCACAUCCACGCCCGCAGGCUCCAGGCCGAGAUUCACGGCCGGCUCUACACGCCCACCAGCGCCGGUGUGGGACAAGGCGGCGACAACAACGAAGAAGAAGAAGAUGGAGAACAGGAGCUCGAGGCGUGGACGUGGAAGAUGCAGGGCGAGCUGCAGCGCUGGCACGAGAGCUUCACCGUGCCCUCGCCCUUUGUCACAAAGAACUGGGUCGACCUGCAGUACCACCUCCUCACCACCACCCUGCUGCGACCCAGUCCACGUCGGCCAAACCCGAGCAUGGACUGCCUCCGCCGCGCCCUACAGUCCUCGGGUGAGGUCCUCAAGAUCUACCGCCGGCUCCAGCGCGAGCUCGCCAUCAACUUUGUCGGCAUGGCCAUCCGCAACCUCUUUCUCUCGGGCCUCACCUUUCUCCACUCACUCCAGGCCCUCAGCCAGCACGGUGGCGGCGACGAGAUGCCUCUGCCGCUCAUCGACGUCGUGCUCCAAGUGCAGGACUGCACCGUCGUCCUCGAGAGCCUCACGGCGUACGAAGAAGUGUCCACGGCCAGGCGGCUACGCGAUGCCUUUGAAAAGGCCUCGACAAGCGUACUGCGCCUCCUGUCGCAGCGAGUAGGUGCGCCGUCGUCGUCGUCCACGUCGUCGUUUUCGAGACCGCCGCCCUACUUCCCCAGCAACGGCCGAGCUGCGUCCGAGUCGACGAGCCCGCACUCGACGGCCUCCUCGGCCACGGCCACCCUCCGAGGCGUCCUCACCGACCGGGAGGAGAGGGAGCACUUCUUCGCCCACGACAUCGAUGCAGCUCCUUUGCCCGAGCAUCCAAAGUGCCCCGACCGACGGCUGUAUGCGAUGGGCAAUGGCGAUACGGCCGCCGCCUCGCGACCGACCAGGAGCGCGUCGACGGUGGCCGCCGCGUCGGCCUCGACCACCUCCUCGUCGAGCUCGUGGAGGCCAUCACAGAACACCAGCACAGCCCGCGAGCAGGUGUCACCCCGCCCGUGGGCGACAGCAACGACGCCGCAGCACGCCCACGAGCGUCCACAGGCACAGGCGUACGCAGAAGAGCAGAUGCUGCUCGACCUGGCCCAGUCGCAGCACCCGCAGCAGCUACAGCAGCAGCAGUACUCCUCCUCCUCUUCCUCAUCGUCGGCAGCUGCUCUGGACAUGAGCGAGUACUUUUUCCAGCCGUACUUUGAGAGUCUGGGCUCUGCUCCCUCUCAGCUCAGCAGUAGUGGUGGUGGCGUUGUGUCACAGAACAGCGGCGGCAGUGGCAGCAGUAGCAGCGCUAUUUUCGGCGCAGGCGGGGCCUUGGGAGGCGGCUUUGAUGCCGGCAGCCUCCUCAUGGGCCCUCCGCAGCAGCCAUUGGGCAACACGCCAGAUUCCAUGAGCGCCGGGCGCAUGGACUUUGGGCCUGGGCUCGGCUCCAGCGGCGGUGCAGGCCCCGACGCUGGCUUUGGCCUCGACUCGCUGGCUGAUCUCUUCUCUAGCCCUGGCUAUGCCUGACAUUGUCUCUCUGUGCUGUCUACCAUUGUCACGAUUGUAUUACUAUCAGCUUUUUCC